UCUUUAGGCCGAAGUCUCAACUGGAAACUGGCUAUCAAAUUUCCAACUGCAGUACUCUAUUUUGACAUGAGACAGAAGUGCGAUCCUUAUUGGUCUGUCAUGAGUGAGAAGUUCUUCUGAUAUACAUUGUUCAACAUGAAAACUAAUCAGAAAAAUUGAUCGAGGUUUUUGGCAAAGUGAAAAUGCGGUAGAAGAAUAGGAAUGAGAAACCGAAUCACUUUAGAUCAUUAAUGAGAAGCCAAAACGAGGAAUGAUGGAUGAAGAAAGAGUUCCACUGCUGUGGAAAGCACCAACAACGGAGAAACAGUACAAUGAGGGGAGUGAGAGACGCGAGGGAAGCAAGUCGUCGUCAAUACAAGGAUUAUCUCUGCUUUCUGCCACAUUGUGCAUUGUCGAUCUGUUCGGCGUUUUCCCAGUAGUCACUAUGCCUAGGAUUAUCAUCAAUUGCGGUUGGUUCGGUUUCCCACUAGUCCUGGGAGUAUUAAUUCUGCAAGUGUAUACGGCACUUCUUUUGGGCAGAUGCUGGAUUAUGGCUGAGAGAUUGCAACCAUCCAUAGUCAAACAAAGCAGAAGACCUUAUGCAGCAUUGGCUGAGAUGACUUAUGGCGAGAGCUUCGCAAGAUUGGUGACAUUCAUUCUUGACAUCACUGUCUUUGGAGCAGGUGUUCCCAACUUAAUUGUAGGUAAGAAGCUUAUUCACUUCAAACUAAAACACUCUAUGAACAACUACCUGUGGUUAGUGGUGAGCUCUUCAAUGACAGUGACCACAGUUUCGUUGCUGACAUGGCAUUGCUUCAUGGCAUCAGAUGUGGCCACCCCUCCGCCACUGCCUUCAAUAUCGUGGGAAGCCAUUGCUAUCGGUUACGGAGUUCUUGCUUUCCAGUUCGAUAUCCAUCCGACGAUUUUAACAAUUCAAGUCGAUAUGGCUGACAAAGGAAAAAUUGGUUGUGCAGUUAUCAUUGGUUUCUUAGUAACUGGCACGUUGUUUCUGACUACGAGUGUACUGGGAGCUAUUUACUACAGCACUGAACUCGACUACAACGUGAUGCAAACUCUGCAGCCAUCACUCGUCAUGGACAUCAACGUCCUCCUCGUCAUUCUUCAGAUCUGUUUGUCGACAGUGAUCGGAGCCACGCCCCUUUUUCAGGAUCUUGAAGACAAGCUGGGAGUUGAUAAAGAAUUCAACUUGAAACGCAUCCUACUGCGCUCCGGGCUGGUGAUGCUUUCGCUCGCCUUGGCCGAGAUGGUGCCCCGCUUCGACCUCAUCAUGGGCCUCAUCGGCGGCACUCUCAUGGGUCCACUCAUGUUCGUCCUGCCGCCGCUAUUCUACGCACGACUACGCGCCAUGGAGCCACAACCGCAGCUGCGGCCAGUCGCCACCCGCAACACCGAAACCGCAACCAUAAUCACGGUUGCGUUCGCGCCGCAACCGCCCGACCAAAUCGAAUACAGCAUGAAACAAACUCACUACACCAACCCCCGGCGCAGCCAAAAACCCCGCCGCUCCAAACAAACUUUCGAAGGCAAAUCUUCCUACAACCUUAUCCCGAAAGAAAAGUAUCUCGAUGACCUACCUUCACCAACCUCUCAACCGAAUUUUUUUACAAAAAUAAAAAGCAAUUUCCUAAACCUGGCAACACUGGACGAUUACCCCAAAAUAGGACCCAUGACGGCGUGGGAAAGACUAAAGACUGCCGUCGUAGUGAUAGCCGGUGUGAGUGCCACUCUAAUAUCUACCUACUAUUCUGUGAGGGGAACGAUUCGUUAUGCCAGAUUCGCACCGCCUUGCUUGUUUAAUGUCACCGCCGCUACCUUAGCUAUAGAAGAUUGAUUAAGUAUUUGUUUUUUUCAAUUUUAAAGUGGUGUUUCAGAAAAUUACUAUGUUCGUUAGUUGAAUGGAAUUGAUGAGUUAUGAAUAUAAGAUAUUGUUAAUUCUCGUG